AUGCCUGGGAGAAAUAAAGCGAGUGGCGGCAGCGGCAGUGGAAGAGUAAAACGCAAGCAAAUUCAAAGAGAAGAUGGGUGGACGGUCAUCACACAUGGCCUAUCCAAUAUCUCGCUCAGUGAGAAGAGCCAAGGUGCCACGGCUCUGCCAACCCAAAUCGUCAAGGAUCUGACCGCCGAGAAGUUGCUGAGCGAUUUCAAGACGCUGCAGGAGCGAUGGGAAGAUACGGCACUUGCAGCUCAGGUCGAUGGUGUUAUCGAGGGAAGGGAGUGGGCGGUUGAAGAAGCAGUAUGUAUAGGAAUCGGCAGUUUCAGUAGGGACUGGGCGCAUCGCUGGAGGAGCCUGUGGCAGCUUGUGCUGUUUGAGCAUGUUGUUGGACGACUGAAGAAAAGCAGCAAGAAGACUGAGAUCCAGUGCUAUGCCCAAGACCCGGCUUUUACGCCUCUCGACACUGAGUUCCUGUCCCUCCUCUCCAUCACGACUCUGGAAUCUGGUCUCGAAGCGAAAAUCACGGCAAAGUCGUUUGUCUACUCGCCGUUUGUGGAUUGGUUCUUGCUGCUUCCCAUGUUUCUGGUUGAUAGGGAUCCCGUGCUGUAUGUUGGGAAUGAGAUUCUAGAUGAUUACAGCAUGUAUGCGCAGAGCGAGGAGAAGAAGGAGAAGUUACAGGAGUGUAAUGAGGUGGGGAAGAAGUGGUUGGUGGGUAGGGAGGCGGUCAAGUUGUGUGAGUUUGAGAAGCACGGGAAUGCGUUGAAUGGGAUGGUUGUUUAUUUGAGGGGUAGUGAGGAUGACGAGAAAGAUGGUGGUGAAGAUAAGGAGGAGAAAGCUCAGGAUGGUGAGGAAGAGAAGGGGAAGGUGAAGAGCAGUUGA